CCAGAUGCUAUGGCACAGGUGCUGCAUUGGUUGCAUGGGUUAGCACAGGCCGGAGCUAUACCAGCGGGUCCAGCAGGUAGGGGCGCAGGGGUAGCGGCCCCAGAUCCGGACAGAGCACAGGCUCCGGGGGUUCAGCAUGCAGCAGCGGUGGCACCUCGCUUGGAUGAGGUUUCGGGUUUUGAGGCCUUCCCGAGGCCAGUUGCAGGGCCAGUGAUGACUGGUGAAGAACAUGAUCUGUUUUGGAGGUUCACUAAAAUGAAGCCUCCUGUGUUUUAUGGUACUGAGUCGGAGGACGCAUAUGAGUUCAUCAUCGACUGUCAUGAGAGGCUCCAUAAGAUGGGGGCCGUGGAUAAGUACGGGGUAGAGUUUGUGACCUUCCAGUUCUUGGGUGAUGCCAAGCUUUGGUGGAGGGCUUAUGUGGAGUGUAGGCCAGCUGGGUCUCCUCCGUUGACUUGGGUUCAGUUUUACUCUGUGUUUCUAGACAAGUACGUUCCGCGUACUCUGAGGGACCGAAGGAAGGAUGAGUUCGCUACUAUUGGUCAGGGGAACUCAUCUGUUGCUGUGUAUGAGUCCCGUUUCCACUCCCUUUCUCGUUAUGCUCUUCAGUUGCUGCCCACUGAAGGGGAGAGGAUACGGCGGUUCGUGAAGAGGUUGAACACUACUUCAAUUGUCGGCUCUUUAACUUGUAGCCACUGGUGCUUCAUUUCAGGAGAUAGUGGAGCAUGUCCGUAUCGUUGA